AUGCUCACUAGAAGACAGGUCGGUUAUAAGCGCCCACUUGAGCAGAAUGAUAUCUGGCACGUCAACCCAGAUCGAGCCGUGGAGAAGAUGUCCGCUAAAGUCAAGGCUUCCUUCAAGGAUCGUAUUGCAAAGGGCCAGAAAUACCCCCUUCUGCGGGCUCUGCAUGAGACUUACUUCUUUGAGUUCUGGCUGGGCGGUCUUUGCCAGCUCAUGUCUGCCAUCAUGCAGGUCAUGUCUCCCUUCACCUUGCGAUAUCUUAUCAAGUUCGCCACAGACGCAUAUAUUGCUCAAACCCAACACCUGCCGCCCCCUAGCAUCGGCAGAGGCAUAGGUCUGGUUCUCGGUGUGACUGCGAUGCAAGUAUUUCAGAGUCUUGGGACCAAUCAAUUCAUUUUUCGUGGCAUGAUCAUCGGAGGUCAGGCUCGUGCAUCUCUGAUCGACUUGAUCUAUGAAAAGUCCAUGGUUCUCUCUGGCCGGGCGAAGGCCGGUGGGAAAGCCCUGGCCGAAAUACAAGAAGGUGCGGAAGAUGAGAAAGCGGAUAGAAAGAAGAAGAAGAAAAGAGGCAAAAAAGGUGAUCUUGAGGAGCAGGACGGCAUAUCUGGCGAUGGGGUAGGUUGGAGCAAUGGAAGGGUGGUCAACUUGAUGAGUGUUGACACCUACCGUAUCGAUCAAGCCUGUGGUUUAUUCCACAUCAUCUGGACGGCUCCCAUCUCUUGCACCAUCACACUUGUGGUCCUUCUCAUCAAUUUGACAUACAGUGCACUAGCCGGAUUUGCUUUGCUGGUUAUCGGCAUGCCAGUCCUCACAAGGGCAAUCAAGGCCCUUUUCGUCCGGCGAGCGGUCAUCAACAAAGUCACGGAUCAGCGUGUCAGCUUGACACAAGAAAUUUUGCAAUCCGUUCGAUUUGUCAAGUUUUUCGGCUGGGAAAGUUCGUUCCUCAACCGUCUGGAGGAUUUCCGCGCUCGUGAGAUCUCCAUGAUUCAGGUCCUGAUGGCUAUUCGUAACGGCAUUAUGGCUAUAAGCUUGUCGCUACCCAUUUUUGCGUCCAUGCUCUCCUUUAUUACAUACUCGCUGUCUCACCACGACUUGCAGCCUGCUGAGGUCUUCUCUUCACUUGCGCUGUUCAACGGGCUAAGAAUGCCGCUCAACCUGUUGCCUCUUGUCAUUGGUCAGGUGACGGAUGCGUGGUCGUCUUUGAAGCGUAUCGAAGAUUACCUGCUCGCUGAAGAGCAGGAAGAGGAGGUUGUUUGGAAGUCAGAUGGCCCGAACGCAAUCGAGAUGCACGAUGCAAACUUCACCUGGGAGAGAACUACCACUCAAGCCCCUGAGGGUACUGCGACCGUGCCCACGGAGAAGAAGGGCGAGGGGAAGAAACAGAAGGGUGGUAAUAAGGACGACUCCAAGGGCGUGCAGAAAUCCGGCGACUACUCUGAAGACACUGGGAGUACUUUGGUUGAAGAGCGGGAGCCUUUCAAGCUCACAGAUAUCAACUUUGAGAUCGGGCGAGACGAACUUGUCGCCGUGAUCGGCACUGUUGGAAGUGGCAAGAGUUCGCUCCUCGCCGCACUUGCUGGCGACAUGAGGAAAACUAGUGGUGAAGUUGUAAUUGGAGCAUCGAGAGCAUUUUGUCCCCAGUAUUCAUGGAUUCAGAAUACCACAGUACGAGAGAAUGUCCUCUUUGGUAAGGACAUGGACCGCCAGUGGUAUAAGGAGGUCAUCAAAGCUUGUGCGCUCGAGCCGGAUCUCGACAUGCUUCCGAACGGAGACAUGACCGAGAUUGGUGAGAGAGGUAUCACCAUUUCCGGCGGUCAGAAACAACGACUGAACAUUGCCCGUGCAAUUUACUUCAAUGCAGACAUGGUACUGAUGGAUGACCCUCUCAGUGCUGUUGACGCUCAUGUCGGGCGUCACAUCUUUGAUAACGCCAUCCUUGGUCUUCUCAAGGGCAAAUGUCGUAUCCUGGCAACUCAUCAACUGUGGGUUCUGAAUCGCUGUGACCGCAUCAUUUGGAUGGAUGAGGGAAAGAUUCAGGCUGUUGACACGUUUGAAAACCUUAUGAAGGGGCAUGUCGGCUUCCAGCAGUUAAUGGAAUCCACCGCUCUGGAAGAGAAAAAGGAAGGCGCCUUGAUCACCGAUGGUGACGGAGAAGAGGCUCCGAAGAAGAAGAGAAAGAAGGGCAAAACCCUGAUGCAAGUCGAAGAACGUGCUGUAUCCAGCGUCCCUUGGUCUGUGUACGGCUCGUAUGUUAGAGCAUCGGGAAGCAUUCUCAAUGCUCCAUUCGUGAUCGGCCUGCUUCUACUUUCUCAAGGGGCCAAUAUUAUGACCAGUCUGUGGCUGUCAUACUGGACCGCGGACAAGUACGGGCUCUCGAUGGGGGCAUAUAUGGGCAUCUAUGCUGGCCUCGGCGCAACACAGGCUAUGCUGAUGUUCGCAUUCAUGUUCUCUCUGUCGGUCUUUGGCACCAAUUCCUCGAAGACUAUGCUGCGUCAAGCGAUUACCAGGGUCUUGCGUGCUCCCAUGUCGUUCUUUGACACCACUCCAUUGGGUCGCAUAACUAACCGCUUCUCGAGAGAUGUCGAUGUCAUGGAUAAUAACUUGUCUGACGCUAUGCGAAUGUACUUCUUCAGCAUUGCGUCAAUUGUUGCAGUCUUUGCACUGAUUAUCGCCUUCUUCCAUUACUUCGCUAUCGCCCUCGUCCCGCUAUUCUUCAUGUUCAUGUUUGCGACGAGUUAUUAUCGGGCAUCUGCCCGAGAAGUCAAGCGAUUCGAGUCGAUUCUGCGGUCAAAUGUGUUCGCAAAGUUUGGCGAGGGGCUGUCGGGUGUGGCGUCUAUCAGAGCGUAUGGCCUGAAAGAUCGCUUUAUCUCCGAUUUGCGCACUGCAAUCGACGACAUGAACUCUGCGUAUUACCUCACAUUCUCCAACCAGAGAUGGCUUUCUGUUCGCUUGGAUAUGAUUGGUAAUGCGCUCGUGUUCACGACUGGUAUUCUCGUUGUUACGGAACGUUUCAAUGUGCCCCCUUCGAUUGGUGGUCUUGUGUUGAGUUACAUCCUUGCGAUUGUGCAGAUGAUCCAGUUCACAGUUAGGCAAUUGGCUGAAGUUGAGAACGGCAUGAACGCUGUCGAAAGGCUGCUGUACUACGGUACACAACUGGAAGAGGAAGCACCAUUGCACACUAUCGAGGUCCGCCCUAGCUGGCCAGAGAAGGGCGAGAUCGUCUUCGACAAUGUCGAAAUGCGUUAUCGGGCUGGCUUGCCUCUCGUACUCAGAGGGCUCAACAUGCAUGUCCGCGGUGGCGAGCGUAUCGGUAUUGUUGGCCGUACAGGAGCAGGCAAGAGUUCCAUCAUGUCCACGCUAUUCCGCCUGGUGGAGCUCUCAGGAGGUCACAUCACCAUUGAUGGGUUGGACAUUUCCACCGUUGGCCUCAACGACCUCCGCAAACGUCUUGCGAUCAUUCCUCAGGAUCCAACUCUGUUCCGAGGUACAGUGCGCAGCAACCUGGACCCGUUCAAUGAGCACACCGACCUAGAGCUGUGGUCCGCGCUUCGGCAGGCUGAUUUGGUACCACGGGACGCGCAAUACAGCGAAGAGACUGGCGCUCCCAAUGUUCGAGAUCCAUCUCGCAUCCAUCUAGACUCAGUGGUCGAAGAAGAUGGUCUGAACUUUUCGCUCGGACAGCGACAGCUGAUGGCUUUGGCACGAGCCCUUGUUCGGGGCAGCCAGAUCAUCGUGUGCGACGAGGCGACAUCUUCAGUCGAUAUGGAGACGGAUGACAAGAUUCAAGCCACAAUUGCCUCCGGAUUCCGGGGCAAGACGCUCCUGUGCAUCGCCCAUCGUCUCCGCACCAUCAUUGGCUACGACCGUAUCUGUGUCAUGGACCAGGGCCGCAUAGCCGAACUAGACGAACCGCUCGAGCUGUGGAAGAAAGAAGACGGUAUCUUUAGGGGCAUGUGCGACCGGUCCGGCAUCCGGGUUGAAGAUAUCCGUGGUGCUAAGGAGAGCAUGGCUGCGAUUGUUGAAGCUUCGAGGACAAGAAGUGGAGAGAGCUGGGCCGAGAGCUCCAAGAAUAAGGAGGAGCUUUGA